AUGGCUGCAGAAAGUGGAGAUUUGUACAACACAGAUGAUGAGUCCAACUCACAUCUUGACCAGGAAAUUAUCUUGCAGGAUGAGAACUUUAUACAGAAAAUUGGUCAGUUUUAUAACCAGCCGGACCUCAGCGAUGUUAAACUCAAGGUAGGCAGCACAACUUAUUUUGGUCACAGAUUUGUGCUUGCUAAGUCCAGUGAUGUGCUUGGUACCAUGCUGUAUAGCAACAACUGGAUUCAGUCAAGUCUGCCAGAAAUUACUCUAGAAGAAACUGAAGAGUGCCAGAAGUAUUUUGAUAGGUUUCUCAGGUACCUAUACACAGCAGAAGUAAAGAUUCACAUGGAUUCUGCAGUUGCGAUUCUCUUACUUGCAGAUAAAUAUGGAGUGGCAUCGCUGAAAAAUUUGUGCACACGGUUCAUGGUUGAACAUGCCAGGUCACCCUAACUAAGUAAUGCACUGAACUGGUAUUCCUGGUCUAAAGUUUUUAACCUGAAGGAGCUUACAUAUCAAUGUUUGAAGACCAUUGCCUGGAAUGCUGAAAAAUUUCUGACCUCAUCAGAUUGGC